AUGGGUACGUUGCUGAUUCACUGCCAUUCUGCUUACCGACCCGUGCUGAAGGAGGGGCCCCGAAUAGGUUUUCUUGCUCUCUCGUCGUGCUUGGGCGAACGGUUUCGCGCGCGUGUAUCCGGCUUCACUAUCAAUCCGCGCCAUGGCUCUUAUGACCGAACCUAUUUUCGAACCAUGACAAACCCGGGUCCUUCAUCCUCGGAGCAUAUUGAGCUGGAGACCAUGCUCAAUGCACAAGGCCUGCAUCCUGUCGACGAAGACGACGAUAACGACGUAUGA